UGGAUUUAUAAAAUCAAAAAGAUGAAGUCCAACACGUACGAGCUGCACAACUACGCCGCCGAUCUGAAUGACAUGGAUAUGCCGGAGGCGAAGGAUUCGCGGAAAAGGAAGACGGCCAGUGCCCGGAGUGGUGAAAAGUAUUCCCUAAGACAGAAGCGACAGAAGAGAAAUGCCAUCGAGGAGUCGGACUCUGGUCACCUGCCUGACUUUCAACUGGAAUUGGAUCCCAUUGUUGAGCCGGCGGCUAGUAAAUCGAGGAAAAAUACACCCACAAAGGCCAAGACGAAAGCACCGCCAUUGAGUAAAUAUCGCCGGAAGACAGCCAAUGCCAGGGAACGUACCAGGAUGCGAGAGAUCAACACGGCCUUCGAGACCCUCAGACAUUGUGUUCCCCAGGCCAUAACCGGUGAGGAUGCGGCCAAUGCCAGUGAAAAGUUAACCAAGAUCACCACCCUACGUUUGGCCAUGAAAUACAUCACCAUGCUGAGUGAUUCCAUCCAGGAUCCAAGCUAUGAGAGUGAAUUUAUUGGCGAAUGCCUGGAGGAGAGUGCCAAUCGGGAGGCAAGACUAGAUUCCGAUCUGGCCGAGGAAGCGGAAGUGGAAGUGGAAGCGCCAUUGAUACCACCAGCAGCGGUUAAGAAACCAGCCAAGGCCAAGGGAGCUGGCAAGAAGAGCUCAGCGGCUAGUAAGAGGCAGAACCAAAAGCUGGCCAAGACAGUGCCUCAAAUUACGCCAAUUAGUUCCGGGGAAUCCUGUUAUGCCACCUCAUCCAUAGGAUCGCCUGCCUCCUCCGCCUAUGCCUCGUUAUCCUCGUCAUCCAAUAGCCAUAGCAGCAGUAGCAGUCCCGGUCUGGAAGUGGAUAGUUUGGUGGGAUUACACGGAAUCAGUGAUUUGGAUACUCUCCUCUUGGAAGCCUCCGAUGGUGACUCCCUGACCUGCCUGAGUCCUGGCUACGAGAGUCUGCUAACCGGAAGUGGAGAGUCCCUGUUACCCGGAUGUCGUGGUGAUAUACCCAUGUCCGGUUUGGAAAAAUCAGAUGUUGAACUCAGUCUUCGUUUGUUGGAUCAGAGAUCAGCGGACUCCUUUGACUUUGGCAGCGAUCAGCAACCCUCGGCCUGCAUUAGCUCCCUGGCCAGCCUGGAGGGUUAUCCUUUUAGCGAUUUGCUGCAAAGUGAUUUUCCCGACAUGUUUCUCACGUGACGCGUAUUUCAUUAGUAUCCUUCGAAGCUUCUGUUAAGCCCGUAACCCUCGAUUUAAGUAAGCCUGCGAGUUGUAGUCCAACUCUUACAUUUAGCAAGCGCCCUUGUGGCGGAAUUCAUUGUGUCAUAGAAAGCAGUUAUUGGGAUUUAUACAUUAAAUCUGAAGAAUAUAAAAAAAGAGAGAAGAGGAGCUGCUAACAAUCGCCACAUCCACAUGAUAACUCAACUAGUGAUCUAAGCAUUUCUUUGUGAAGCAUUUUCUCGUUAUCGUGUAAAUAAAGAGCACCAAGUGUUGUUUCAUUACUUUAA